AUGUAUCGCCAAUUUCUGAGAAUCACCCAUCCUAGCUACACAUGCCCCGUUCGUGUAUCCUUUGCACCAGUGACCCAAAAACGCUUCGAAACUUCCGACAGCUCCAGUAACCCUUCGGAGGACAAGAAGUCCAAAUAUAGUCGUGCCAAUGUGAGAAAGAACGUCAGAGGCUAUGUAUUCACCCGAUACUUUGACUACCUGCAGAACUAUGACAAGGUGCUCGAAAAGAAGUUCCCGGCGGCGAUGCACGUCUACCGGGUCUUCAUGGUGGGCAUCAAGGACUUCUAUGCUGACACCAAGAAAUUCCUCAAAAUAACCCGGAUUGCCAACACAUCGCCCAAUGGACUUAAGGCACUCACGCGGAAGGAGCUAGAACUCUAUUAUCAAAUGCCACGAGAUAUGAUGAAGGUGGCCCCAGUUCUGCUCAUCUCUGCCCUGCCUUUCGCCAAUUAUGUGAUAUUCCCUCUCGCGUACAUGUACCCGAGAUACUUUCUCACAUCACAUUUCUGGAAUAUCCGGCAGAAGAGUGAGUUCCAGCAGCUCUUUCUCAAGGAGCGAAUAGUCCACAAUCGCCGGAUCUUUCGGUAUUUGCAGGCUAAACUUGAGACGCUACGUCCCGAAGCGGAAGACUUCAGCCGUCUCGCGAACAUUUUGGGCCUCCUGGGCAGUGGCCUUCAUCCCACAGCCCAGGAAAUUCUUGCAGCAAAGCCCAUCUUUGGCAAAGCUCCCUACCAGAUGAGUUCCCUGUCGUCCGGACAUGUUGCAACUCUGUGUCAUCUCCAUGGCGUCCGGACGGGACUGCUGAAACGUGCACGACUAGCAGAACGCUUUCAACUCUUCCAGCACAUGGACAGAGCCAUCAAGCACGAAGGUGGAGUCCACAACAUGCAGCCGGAUGCACUGAAGCAUGCCUGCUUCCUCCGAGGACUCAAUCCCACAAAUCUCAGCAACGAUCACAUGAUCGAAUGGCUGAGAGAUUGGGUGACAGUAUCAUUGGCCGUGGACACAGAUACCAUGAGCCUCUUCUUUCACCUACCCAUCCUCAUUGCCUACAAUCAUCCCAACAACUGGAAGCUCACUCACAAGUGAGCCUCCGUGCUAGUCAGUGAAAGUGUCUCUGAUCAACAGUGUUGAUGUCUGCUAUGUACAUAAAUAUAUAACAAAUCCCAAGAGUAAAAGAUCUUUUUAGUUGCGAAAAUUCGAAAAAAAAAACUUUAUUCUCUGAAAGAGGAAAAAUUGUUAGAAAUAUAACUAUGGUUUACUCAA